CCUAGUAGCCCCAACGGUUUUAGUGAACUCCCGCCUGCAGUCAGGCAAAUACCCGCGCUCAGACUGAGCUCACAGCUGUGCAUUCAGAUACAGCGCCGCACGAGCCCACAUUCUCAGACAGAGAGCGAGCGAGCGAGACAGAGAACGAGCGCACUUACAGCUCAGAGAGCUCGCAGACACCCUCUGUCGGAGAGGAAAGCGACCUCCCUCUGCUUGACUAAAGACUUAAGGCUCCUCCUGGAAAUCUUGAAGUCGGAGUAGAGUCGUAAGUAGCCUAGUCGGUCACAGGUACUCCGGGGCAACAGAGAGAUAACGGUUAACGUUAAACACCAGGUCCGGGCUGGAAGACGAAGAAACCUAGCACACGGACGGAGACACCUGUGAAGAGUUGCUCGUGUUACCCCCACGUUUGGGGCGAACCUCCGACGCUACGGAGAUGGAUAAAGUUCUGACUUGUUUCUUCACUGCUGUCAGUUUGCUGGUCUCGGUCAGGGGACAAGUGUUCAAAGGUGACUGCGACUUUGAGCGGCCUUACUCCUCCUGUGGCUACAGUCAGGGACGGGACGAUGACCUGGACUGGGAGCAGGCCAACACCCUGGACAAGCCACCCACAGACCAGUGGAUGCCCAAAGACUCUGCCUUCAUGAUGGUGAACACAUCGGGGCGUUUUGGGGGCCAGAAGGCUUUGCUGCUCUCUCCGCAGCUGAAGGAGAACGACACCCACUGCGUGCUCUUCCAGUACUACGUGUCGGGUCGUGAGGGCAGCAGCCCCGGCCACCUGAACGUCUACGUGAAGGAGAACAGCAGCCCACUGGGCAUGCCUGUGUGGAACACCUCUGGACCGCCCUCACACAGCUGGACACAGGUGGAGCUGGCCAUCAGCAUCUACUGGCCCAACUUCUACCAGAUCGUGUUUGAGGUCGUCACCUCUGGACGAAGAGGCCUGAUUGCUAUCAAGAACGUGAUUCUACUGGGACAUCAAUGCAUGAGCACACCUCAUUUCCAGACCAUCAAAGGGGUGGAGGUGAAUGCAGGGCAGACAGCGACAUUUCACUGCACCGUCAACGGCAUUCACAAAGACAACUUCAACCUCUGGCUACAGGGCAUCAAUGGGCGAGAGGCCCCCAUGAAGGCCACUAAGCCCUGGAACAACCGUCGCUUCAUCGGGACCUUUGAUGUGGAGAACACGACCAAAGGAGACUCUGGACGCUACCGCUGCAUAGUGCAUUCUGGGACAGGAGUGGGGGUCACCAACUACGGAGCUCUUACUAUCAAACAGCCCCCUGUGCCCAUCGCGCCCCCUCAGCUGACGGCGGUUGGCGCCACCUACCUGUGGAUCCAGCUCAACGCCAACUCCAUCAACGGCGACGGCCCCAUCGUGAACCGCGAGGUGGAGUACCGCACCCUGAGUGGCAGCAUGUACGACCUGCAGCCCGUGGACAAGGCCACGCACAAGAUCGGCCACCUGGACCCCGACACCGAGUACGAGAUCAGUGUGCUGCUCACCAGGCCCCUGGAGGGGGGCACAGGAGCCCCCGGACCACCACUCAGGGCCAAGACCAAGUGUGCAGAGCCCAUGCAGGGUCCACGCCACGUGGAGGUGGUGGACGUCCAGGCCAGGCAGGUGACGGUGCGCUGGGAGGCGUUUGGCUACAACGUGACGCGCUGCCACAGCUACAACCUGACGGUGCAGUACCGCGAGCGUGGGGUAGGGGGCGCUGGUGAGCAGGAGCAGGGCCAGCGGCGGGAGGAGCUGUGCGUGGACACACUGAGCGCCACUCCGCAGCACACCAUCCACAACCUCACGCCCUUCACCAACCUCAGCCUCCGACUGCUGCUCCGCAACCCAGAGGGCAGCAAGGAGUCCCCAGACAUCCACCUGCAGACCGACGAGGACGUCCCUGGGGCGGUGCCUCUGGACUCCAUCCAGGCCAGUGCGUAUGAGGAGAAGAUCGUCCUGAAGUGGAGGGAGCCAGCUCAGACAUACGGAGUCAUCAUUCAGUAUGAGAUCUCCUAUAAGGCGGUGAGCUCUUUUGACCUGGCGCUGGAUCUGUCCAAUCAGAGCGGCAGGGUGGUGAAACUGGGCAACGAGACGUCCCACGUGUUCCUGGGGCUCUACCCCGGCUCCACCUACUCCUUUACCCUGAGGGCCAGCACCGCCAAGGGCUACGGACCCCCCACCAUCACCCAGGCCACCACACGCAUCUCAGCUCCGUCUAUGCCUGCCUACGAUCAAGAGACAUCCAUCAACCAGACUGACAGCACUGUGACUAUUCUCCUGAAACCAGCCAAGAGCAGAGGAGCUCCAAUCAGUGUGUACCAGGUGGUGGUGGAGGAAGAGCGUCCUCGGCGGGCGCGCGGUGCUGCUGAGAUCCUGCGCUGCUACCCGCUGCCCGUCCACUUCCUCAACGCCAGUCAGCUGGGCUCGCGCUACUACUUCAGUGCCCAGUUCCCUGCCAGCCAACUGCAGAGCGCCCGCUCCUUCGUCGUGGGCGACAACAAGACCUACAGCAGCUUCUGGAACGCGCCGCUGCUGCCCCACAAGAGCUACAGCAUCUACUACCAGGCCGUCAGCACUGCCAACGGGGAGACAAAAAUUGAUUGUGUUCGAGUGGCCAGCAAAGCUGCUAUCCUGCUGACUCAACUCACUACUCCAUAUCUGCGUGUGGCUCCUGCGGCCGGUGACAGCCAGCUAACAGGUGCGGCCACCCACAAACCAGACGCUGUGGAACCAGAGAAGCAGACGGACCACACGGUGAAGAUCGCCGGGGUCAUCGCCGGGAUCCUGCUCUUCGUCAUCAUCUUCCUCGGCGUGGUGCUCCUCAUGAAGAAGAGAAGACACUAUCAGUCCUACACUUACUACCUGAAGCUGGCUAAGAAGCGUAAGGAGACGUUGAGUAGCACUCGGCAGGAGAUGACGGUGAUGGUGAACUCCAUGGACAAGAGCUACACAGAGCAGGGCACCAGCUGUGACGAUGCCCUCUCCUUCAUGGACACACACACCCUCAACACCAACGCCAGGAGUGCCUCGUCGCCCUCCUCUUUCACUCUGAAAAGCAACACCCUGAGCAAAACACUACCCAACUCAUACUACCCAGAUCCAUUUGUGCCGACUGCCAUCUUAGUGCCCAUUAAUGACGAGAGUCAGGCGAUGGGCAGCGACACCAGCAGCCUGGUGCAGUCACACUCGCACUCGCUGACACACACCUUCAAGAAGCAGCGGGAUCGGGAGCGCGAGCGCGAGAGGGAGGGGGCAGUGGAGGGCGUGUCCUACCAGACGGGCCAGCUGCACCCGGCCAUCCGCGUGGCCGACCUCCUCCAACACAUCACCCAGAUGAAGUGCUCUGAAGGGUACGGCUUCAAGGAGGAGUACGAGAGCUUCUUCGAGGGACAGUCCGCUCCUUGGGAUUCUGCAAAGAAGGAAGAGAAUCGCAUGAAGAAUCGCUACGGAAACAUCAUUGCAUAUGAUCACUCCCGCGUACGUCUGCAGGCCCUGGAGGGGGAGCAGGGUUCUGAUUACAUUAAUGCAAAUUACGUUGAUGGCUACCACACGCCAAACCACUACAUCGCAACCCAAGGUCCCAUGCAGGAGACAGUGAUUGACUUCUGGAGGAUGGUGUGGCAAGAGAACACCGCUACCAUCGUCAUGGUGACCAACCUGGUUGAAGUCGGCAGGGUGAAGUGCUGUAAGUACUGGCCUGAUGACACUGAGCUCUACAGGGACAUGAAGGUGACUCUGAUUGAGACGCAGCUCUUGUCUGAGUACGUCAUCAGGACCUUUGCUGUGGAGAAGAGGGGCGCUCAUGAGAUCCGUGAGAUCCGUCAGUUCCACUUCACGGGCUGGCCAGACCACGGGGUUCCAUACCACGCCACUGGCCUGCUGGGCUUCGUCCGGCGCGUCAAGGCCAAGAACCCAGCCAACGCCGGCCCCAUGGUAGUGCACUGCAGUGCGGGGGCGGGCCGGACCGGCUGCUUCAUUGUGAUUGACAUCAUGCUUGAUAUGGCGGAGCGAGAGGGCGUGGUCGACAUCUACAACUGUGUGAGAGAGCUGCGAUCACGGCGCGUCAACAUGGUUCAGACAGAGGUACGACACACACAUUAUCACGACGCCAUUCUGGAGGCAUGCCUCUGCGGUGACACCACCAUCCCAGCCAAUCAGCUGCGCUCCAUCUACUACGAGAUGAACCGAUUGGACCCCCAGACCAACUCCAGUCAGAUCAAGGAGGAGUUCAGGACGCUGAACAUGGUGACUCCGACGCUGCGGGUGGAGGACUGCAGUAUUGCUCUGCUGCCGCGGAACCAUGAGAAGAACCGCUGCAUGGACGUUCUCCCACCUGACCGCUGCCUGCCCUUCCUCAUCACCAUUGAUGGAGAGAGCAGCAACUACAUCAACGCAGCGCUCAUGGACAGCUACAAGCAGCCGUCUGCAUUCAUCGUUACCCAGCAUCCUUUGCCAAACACAGUGAAGGACUUCUGGAGGCUGGUGUUGGACUACCACUGCACCUCCAUCGUCAUGCUCAACGACGUGGACCCAGCCCAGCUGUGUCCUCAGUACUGGCCGGAGAAUGGAGUCCACCGUCAUGGUCCUCUGCAGGUGGAGUUUGUGUCGGCCGAUCUGGAGGAGGACGUCAUCAGCAGAAUAUUCCGCAUCUACAACGCAGCACGGCCUCAGGACGGCUACCGGAUGGUGCAGCAGUUCCAGUUCCUGGGCUGGCCCAUGUACCGCGACACGCCCGUGUCCAAACGCUCCCUCCUCAAACUCAUCCACCAGGUGGACAAGUGGCAGGAGGAGUACGAUGGAGGAGAGGGACGCACCGUCGUCCACUGCCUGAACGGCGGCGGUCGUAGUGGGACGUUCUGUGCCAUCAGCAUUGUGAGUGAGAUGCUGCGACACCAGCGCUCUGUGGACGUGUUCAACGCCGUCAAGACGCUCCGCAACAACAAGCCCAACAUGGUGGACAUGCUGGACCAGUAUAAGUUCUGCUACGAGGUGGCCCUGGAGUACUUGAAUUCUGGCUAGUAUCCCAUGACAACGCUGAAAGAAGGAAAGAGUUCAGGGGCCUGGAUGUGAUCUGAGCUGAGGGUGUGCUUGUGUGUGUCUGUGUGCGCGUGUGUGUGUGUGUGUGUGUGUGUGUGUGUGUGUGUGUGUGUGUGUGUGUGUGUGUGUGUGUGUAAAAAACACCUCUCUUCAGACAGAUGUUGUAACUGUGUGUACAGUGAGUGUGUGUAUCUCUUCCCCUCCAUCUGCUGGACUCUGUAGCCUGUCCGUCCGUCCACCAGUUCCCUAAUUCACCGUACCUGUGGAGGAGAAAGCACAACCCCGCCCCGCCCUCCUGACCUGACCUUGGAAACCCUGACCUUUUGACCCAGGGGUGGGCAAACCUUUGGGCUCAAGGGCCACAUUGGGUUCUGAAAAUUGGCCGGUGUGCUGCAGCCCC